CUCCAUACAUAUUGUGUUAUGAAGUGACUGUACGUACUGUCAAGUGUUAGACUCAUAGAGAAUAAGAGACUCAACCAAAGACUGUAGUACUUCAAGCACUGGUAGCUUAGGUUAAGUUUUGAUGAAGAAGUUCAAGAAGUUUGUGUGUGUCUCGAGUGAGUCGUGAAGUGUGAGACACAAAAAAAAUACAAUAAGUUUUUUUUGUAUAUAUCAUAUCAUAUAUAUUUUGCUGACUUUUUUUCGACACAAACAACACAACAAAGUUUUGUGCCCUUAAUGUUCAUCAGUUUAUUCGGAGCUCAGGCAUGGAAUGGACCAACUGUUCCCCGUUCAUAGUGAUGACGGAGUUGAGGCACCAGAAAGUUGUGGGUAUUGGUGUACAUUAGCUUAUUGGGAACUCAAGCAUAGAGUGGGCCGACUGUUCCCGGUUUAUGACAAUAGUAUCAACGUAUUUGCACAUCAUCCUCAAGGUUCCGGUCUAUGGCUGGAACAGUGGUUCCCGACAUCGCCCUCUAAUAGGGACUCAACGGUUAGGCGAACCCGUGAGAAGAUAGGUUGUGGUGUAACCAUAACCAGGAAGUUGGACGGUGUGUGGCUUCACAAUCGGUCAAAAUAUCCAAUAUUUGUUGACUCACCCACAAUGGAUCCGCCCAACACACGCAACCUAACUGUAUAUAAAGUAUUUCCCGGAUUUAGUACUAAAGUAUUUGAUUUCAAAGUCGCACAAUCCUAUCGUGAACUGACCGAUGGACCUGUGGAUACAAAUGCUUUUCGUAUCAGUUUCUACAAGGGUUGGGGUUCUAACUAUUCCCGACAAUAUAUAACUUCCUGUCCCUGUUGGCUGGAAGUCCUACUGACCACUUAACAUAUGAAAACUACAUUUGAUAAGUGGCCGCAACGAUAAUUCAUUGAUAAACAUUUAUCCCAAUGACUGGGAUAAUAAUGAUUGUAAACUUCUUUCCAAUCAAAAGCAAUUCAAUAAUUAAUAAAUUAAAUA